GGCGCGGAAGCCGUACGGUGUGGGGACUAGGGCUGGCAAGAGGGUGGGAAAACCGGCGAGAGAGGAGGGCGGUGCCGGGGAAGGGCCGUGCCGGGGAAGGGCGGCGCGUGGCUGACUCAUCCCUGUGGAAGAUCAGACUGACAGACACAAACCCUUGCCGAACCCGCCCGCCCGCGCCGCUUCUCUUUGGUUGGGAGGCGCCCGCCCGCACCGCCCGCCCGCCUUCUCCGGGAGCGCUCUCCCGGCCCGGCCGCCUCAGAGAAAGUUUUUGUCGUCGGGAGGGACCGGAGGCGCCGCGAGCCUUUGGGAAGGGAAGGAGGACUGAAGAGGAGGCUCCAGCCGCGCGGGCCCGGCGAGUGCAUGGUUCCCGGCGCCUCGGCUGCCUGUCAGGAGGACAUCGGGGCGGGGUCGGGCUGAGCCCAGCUCCUUCUUCCCGCGGGCUCACCAGAAAUCGCCCUGCCGGACUGCCGCGGGGCGUCCCCGCUCCUCAGCCCGCCAUGUCCCGGCUGCUGCCGCUGCUGAGGAGCCGGACCGCGCGCAGCCUGAGGCCGGGCCCGGCCGCCGCGCCCCGCCCGCCGUCCUGGUGCUGCUGCGGGCGGGGGCUGCUGGCGCUCGCGGCCCCGGGCGGCCCCCGGGAGCUGGGCACCCACCCCAAGAAGGAGCCCAUGGAGGCGCUGAACACGGCGCAGGGCGCGCGCGACUUCAUCUACAGCCUGCACUCCAGCGAGAGGAGCUGCCUGCUCAAGGAGCUGCACCGCUUCGAGUCCAUUGCCAUCGCCCAAGAAAAAUUGGAAGCUCUACCACCCACCCCAGGACAGCUGAGAUAUGUAUUCAUCCACAAUGCGAUACCUUUCAUAGGGUUUGGCUUUUUGGAUAAUGCAAUUAUGAUUGUUGCAGGAACCCAUAUUGAGUUAUCUAUUGGAGUUAUUUUGGGAAUUUCAACUAUGGCAGCUGCUGCUUUGGGAAACCUUGUGUCAGAUUUAGCUGGUCUUGGACUUGCAGGCUACGUUGAAGCUUUGGCUUCCAGGUUAGGUCUAUCAAUUCCUGAUCUCACACCAAAGCAAGUUGACAUGUGGCAAACACGUGUUAGUACACAUUUGGGCAAAGCUGUUGGGGUGACUAUUGGCUGCAUUCUAGGAAUGUUUCCUUUGAUUUUCUUUGGAGGAGGUGAAGAUGAUGAAAAACUGGAAAAGAAAAAUUAACUCUCUUAGGAUACCUAUAAAAAGAUGUAAACUAAUGUACCUCAAUUAUUAAAUAUGCUGUCACAACAUUUAGGAAUUAAGACAGUAACAGUGCAUAGAUAUGGGAUCAACUAAUUCAGCAUGUAUUAUGGAAAACACUAACUUAUUGUGGCUUGGUUUUCUUAGGACAUCUUUUUUAAAAAACUUUUGUGUAAAUUGUUGAAAUGCUUUUUCAUCAAUGGCAGUCAACAUUUUACCUUUUCUUUUUCUUUCUUUAUACACCAAAAUAUCAUUUAAGUAUCAGUCAUUGAUGUGCUGUGCUGACUUGGGGUUUGCCUAUUUGUUACUUACCAUGUGUACAUGCAUGAAAGCAUUUUCUGUUGUUGUUCCCUUAUAGUUACAAUUCAACCUUAAGAUUUUUUCCAAAUUACUGAAGAUGUUUAACAUCAGUUAAAGAUUUUUUUUACUCUUUUUGGCAACAUCAAUUUUGUACUGUUUCACAGUAAACAUUUACAAUCAUAUAAUUUCAGUCAUUUAAAAAAAACUCUCACAUCUAUUCAAAAUGGACAGAGACUUUAAGUAUUUUAAGUACCUAUCACUCAUUUUAAUUUUCAGACCUUAUUGUCUCAAGAGCUGGAGAUUAAUCAGGAUGAACAAUUAUGUGGUCUCCCUACUACAUAAAACCAUAUAUGUUAACAAGUGUAUUAUUUUGAGUUGGUUUUUUUACCAAUUUAAUUUCUCAGUUUUGAAUAAUACAUAGUGAUUUCUGACUCCUAAGGGAAAGUCAUUAUUUUAGAGUAUUUUUAAUGGGGAUUGUGGAAUUAAGGUGUGAACACUUGGAAAAUUAAGAGGCAAAAAAAUUUUUUUUUCACAGAAGUAUAAAAUGGAAACUGUCAAGAAGGUUUAUGGUAUGAGUGGUGAAGUUGAGGUGAUAUUUGUAAGGUUAAUAAAAUACAAAUAAUACUGUUUGGGAAGGCUUUUCUCCCCCCCAAAUGUCUUCUCAUCUGAAUUGAAUGAGUUUGAGUACUCAUAAUUUUGAUAUUGUUAUAUCUUCUUUAGCGGAUUUUAUUUCUGGAUAACUUCUUUUGAGGUGAAAAAUAAAUAUUUUAUGUUUUGCUUUUUGCUAUAUAUAGCCUAGUGGUCAAAAGACAUAUGAGGAGAAAUUCUUUCUCCCUUUUUUGGUCCUUUUUCUUUUUUUUGUGGUCUUUAAAUCAUAUUUUAGAUUGAAGUUACUUAUGUCCAGUCUUGUGUAUCUGAUUUAGGCAUAGAUAGGAUUCAUAUCUAUACUUGUGAAUCAUAAAUUUUAAUUUUAUGAACCCUUAAAGUUUGUUAGCAUGUGGUCUGUUACACAGGCUAAAAAAUUACUCUUAAUUGUAAGAGUAGUUGAACACAUCAUGGGGGAGAAAAACAGAAAUUAAAGUUACUAUUUGGGCCACUGAAAUUAUUUAUUUUGCUAAAUAGAUACAAAAGAAGGGAAACUUAAAGAUGGCUCUAUUUACAGCUACCUUAUUUUUAAAGUUUUAUUUGCACAUAUUUACUUUGAGGUCUUAUUUUCAGAGGAGCUCUUUUUUCUCAUAAGGCAAUUUGUCAUAAAUUCUCUUCUGUGUACUUCAAAAUGGUUUUAGUGGUGUCCUUUAAUCAUAGAAUAUAAAAAUAAAUAUAUAACAUUCUUAUUAUGUACAAAUACUAUGACAGUCUCAUUUGAUCAAAUUAGAAUUUUAAAACUUAACAUUUUAAAUAGAACUGUGGUUUGUAUCUUCCACAUAAUACCACAGACACACCAAAAUUUUUUUUUUAUUAUUUCAGAUGAUAGGAUUAGAGUGAUUAUUUUUUUAAAAAAAUUUUUUUGGGGGGUAAAUGUUUAAGUGCUUUUGUCCCUAACUGUAUUGCCAGUCCUUUCUGUUCUCUAAAAACAUAUUUUAUUGUGGUGCUUAAAUUUUCUUUUUAUUAAUUAAAUCCCAUAUCCAGAAACUUUGCCUGUGAGUUUAGAAAGGGCUUUUGAUGAGUGCUUUCAUUUUUUUUGCUCGUGAAAAUAACCCAGUCCUACAGAAUCUUUUUAGCUGAGCGUCUGUAGAAUUAUUUAAAAUGUCAAAAUAUGGAAUAUAUAACCUUCAUAUUGAAAAGUAUUUUAAUUUAUGGACACAAUAAAAAUUUGCAUCAUUCAGGUAAUUAGUUAAAAAAAAAAAUGGAGCCCUUUUGUCCUUAAACUAAGGUACACAUUUUUUUCAAGAUCUUAUUCUAUACUAGUAUGGUGCUUUGCACAAAGUGACUUCUGAAAAAUGGUUCCCUUUAAGAUAAUGACUUCAUAUAAUCAUUGUUUCAUAUUACUUGUCACGAGGAAUUUUAUUUCAGAUUGAAACUGGAAUUCUUCUCAUAUUAGCUGUUUCUUUUUUGGGAGCAACUAUAACUAUGGUUAAAUGCAACGUGAGCUGUGUCAGUACUCUUUGUUUGAAAUUCAUGUUGUCUGUGUAUUAUGAUUUAUUGACUUGUUUAUGCAUGUAAAUUGGGUGCAUUUUGUUGGCACUGUAUGUUAAGUGGUGACCAAUGUUUUUACAAAGGAAUUGAACAAAGAAAAAUACCUUUUAAGAAAUUUUGGAAUGUGGUUUUGAUUUUGAAAUUUGAUUUUCUUCCUAAUCUCAGACAACCCUGGUUAUUCUGUAGCUUAAAAGAAAUAGGAUUAAUAAAUGCAGAUUUGUUACAGGGUUGUAGCAGUGACACUGAGACAGUAAAAUGGAACUAUUUACCAUUUCCCUGAAGUCCACACUUGAGAUACAACAUUACACAUUAUGAGAGAAGGAUGAUUCCCAUAUUGAGAUAAUUUGAUCUUUAAUAGGAUGUCAAAAAAGCUUUAGAUAGAGAGAUUGGCAAAAAUUACACUGAUGGGUAUUUAUUUACAGCAGAGAUAUCCAAGCCUUCUAAAUAAUAACAUCUCAUUUACUUUACUCCGUUUUUCCAGAAGAUGAAUUUUGAAGGUAAUGAAAGUUUUAUCUUUUACACCAAAAGUUCAGGUAAACCAUUUUGAAGUAAAUCUUCCUAAUUUUAGAAUUAUAUUUUCUUGCCAUCUUACGAGUGUAUUAAAUGUAAUAUAAUGUAAUCUUUUUCUUAGU